AUGCAAUGUCGCGUUGUGCAGUCAUCUAAUAAACUUGCUUCUAGCAAAGAGCCUUCAAGCACACAUAAAGCUCGUUUAGUGGCAAUUUUAAUUUCACUUGGAGCUACAUAUGUCAUAGGCGACAUGUACUCGGCAAAUCUCACUAGCCUACUUGCUCGACCUGCACGUGAACAACCUAUUGGUACACUUGAGGCUCUAGAAGAGGCAAUGAGAGAUAGAAAAUAUGAGCUUGUUGUGGAAAGACACAGUUCCUCUCUUACUAUUUUAGAGAACGGUACCGGUGUGUAUGGGCGCCUCGCUAAAUUAAUGCGCCGUCAAAAAUUACAACGUGUGCGCAGUAUAGAAGUUGGCGUAAGACUAGUGUUGGCCCAUAAGAAAAUUGCAGUACUUGGUGGAAGAGAAACAUUAUUCUACGAUACAGAGCGAUUUGGAUCGCAUAAUUUUCACCUAAGUGAAAAGCUAUAUACUAGGUAUUCAGCUAUCGCUUUGCAGAUCGGUAGUCCAUACCUUGAAACCUUCAAUAAUGUGAUAAUGAACCUUUUUGAAGCCGGCAUAAUAGCUAAAAUGACUGAAGACGAAUAUAAGAAACUCCCGGAACAGUCAAGAAAAUCCGAUCCUGUAACUGAAAGUGAUAAAAUAAAUGGAGAUGUCACAGGGGACUCGGCCGCUACUUCGCAGACGCAGUCUGAAUCUACGAUAGGUCUUGAACCAGUGUCGUUAGUCAUGCUGCGAGGAGCAUUUUGUCUUCUGGGAAUCGGUCAUUUCGUUGCAGGUGAGUUAAUACUGACAUUUAUAAAAGCUGCUCAAUGA